AUGUCCACCCCAUCGGCAUUGCCCGUCAAUGCGGGCGAUCCCCAACCGAACGACUCUGCGCCCGCUACCACCCCAGCAGAAAAUGUAAAGACGGCGACGACGAGCGCAACGCCUGCCCCAGAGACACCAGCGCAGUCUGCAGAUAAGCCACAAGCGCAGCCCCAGCAACCGAAACAAGCAAUUGACGAUGAUGAUGACGACGACGAAUCGGACCUGGAUGAAUUGGAUGAUGUGCUCGAUGACUUCAACAAGCCGAAACCGGCCCCCGCCCCCGCCCCUGCCCCUAGCGCUUCAUCUCAACCUGCGAUUGCGCCAGAAGCCAACGACUUCGACGAAGAAACCUUCAUGAAAUUGCUUGAGAAAGACAUGGCGAACAUGAUGGGCCACGCUGCCAAGGAGUCCGGGACAUCGGACGACAAGGGCUUCGAAGACACCAUCAACCAGGGCGCGGACGCCUUCACGAAGCAACUGGAGGAGAGCGGGAUUCCGCCCGGUGACUUCAUCAAGCAGCUCCUGGCGGAUGUGAUGGCUGAAGAAGAGGGUGGAGAUGCCACCGCUAAAGCCGCAGGAGCUGCACCAUCUACCGGCAGUGCUGGGUCUUCAUCUGGUGGAGCUGGAGCUAGGGCGCCGCCGCCUGAGUCGUUUAAUGAUGCUAUCCAGCAGACGAUGAACCGUAUGAAGGAGUCCGGAGACAAAGCUACGGCGGCAGCGUCAGAAGAUGAUCCGAACGAUCUCAUGGCGCAGCUGAUGAAGGCCGUUGCACUUAAUGUAGAUGGUGAGGAGGAGGACGGAGGUUUUAUGAAUCUAGUUUCUUCGUUGAUGGAGCAGUUGUCGAACAAGGAAAUGCUGUAUGAGCCUAUGAAGGAGCUGAAUGGGAAGUUUGGGCCCUGGCUGCUGGAGAACAAGGGCAAUAAGAAGUUUACCGAUGAGGAAUGGGAGCGGUUUGAGAAGCAAGCGGCUAUUUCGUCGCAGAUUGUGGCCAAAUUUGAAGAGCCAGGUUACACGGAUGAAGAUCCUAAGUGUCGCGAGUAUGUGUGGCAGAAGAUGCAGGAGAUGCAAGCUGCCGGAAGUCCGCCGGAAGAACUCGUCGCGAAUCCAUUUGGGGAGGAAAACACAGGCCCCGGUGGUAUGCCGGACUGCCCCCAGCAAUAG